UGGGCUUUUUCCUCGUCCCGGGCGGGUAGCGCCACACACUCCUCGAGUCUUUGGAAGGCCGGCCCGGGAGGGGGUUGGGCGGCGGCGCGGGGCCGGGUCGAGCGAGGAGGUCUGCGGGCAGUUCAGCCCUUCCCGGACUCCCUCAGUCCCCCACCACGGCCGCUUUGGCAAAUGGGCCCCUGUCCUUCAUUGAGAGUGAUGGUUUUCAUGCCCCCUGAAAGCCUGGCACCAGAUGAACUGUGGAUCCCUCAGAGGUGCCUUCAAGAGGUCCAAUUUGAAGGAAAUGGAGGAUGAGAAGGGUGAUUCUGGCAAAGUCUUAGAGCCAAAACAGUAGGAAGACCCUUGUUCACACACAUUCCACCCCAAGCCCCUCAGAGAGACUGGAUGAAGUUGCUAGGGCGUCUGAGUUAGCCACGUGGUGCUGCCAGAACCACGACAGACCUUGGAGUGAGGAGAUGGGCGGAUCAUCACCACACAGGGAAGGCACCAAGGAGACCGGCGGACCAGAUCGUGGCACCAUACGGGAAGGGAGAGUUGGGCUGCUGGCAGGUUCGGUUGGCAGAGGACAGUUUAUGUGAGAGGUGUAAAGAGAGAUGGCUAGAGGAGCUACCUAGCAGCCAUUAGAGUCAGGAGGCACCUUCUCCUGGGAAGACCACCCAGAGCUGAGUAGGCUGUUCAGAGGGAAUCUGCUGGAGGGGCUCAAGCAGAGGCUUCACAGCCCCCUUUUGUUAGGUGGGAGGAUGGGUGGCACAACAGAGUUCAAGCAUCAGAUGUGUUGCAGACAGAGGCCUAUUUGGACAAACCAUGACUGUUCUCGAUAGGUGGGUGUGAGGAUUGGGGUAGACUUGCAGCUGUGGAAAAAAAGCAGGGCUCACUGUAAGUGCAGGAGCAGGAUGGGUUGGCCAGGCCCUUGAUCAGUGAAGUGGGGACAGGCAGCAGGUAUGUCCUGACAUGUUACCAGUGAGAAGGCUAGUCAGAGGGCAAUCAUCUUGUGGAGAGUCUGAAAGACUGGGAGGGCACAUUGCAAAAGAGGAGGGUUUGCUUCAGGAGGGUGAAUUUAUGAAAGACUUCCUUUGUUCCAAUUUUUCUAUAAAGUGACAUGGCCACUUGUAAUAGUAAAUCUUGUGUGCAAGUAGAAGCUGCCCUGAUGGUGAAGGGAGUUUCAGAUUUGAUGGUCAUUGGUGUAGCCAUUCAUUAGCCCUCAUGUCGAUGCUCUAUCACCCUUUCUUCAUUUCCCACCUGUUGUCACCGUUCCCUCUCUCAGGGCUGUGCCCCACACUCUGGCUCUAGGGCAGCAGGAACCUUUUAUUUUAGGAGGUGGUGGCCUUCGAGGAUGUGGCUGUGUAUUUCACUCAGAGGGAGUUGGAUGGCCUGUCCCCUGCAUAGGAGGCCCUACAGGAGAGGGAUGCUGAAGAGUUAUGGGAACUUGAUGUCCCUAGGUAGGGCCACUUUGCCUUUAGGAAUCAGACUCAUAGGACAGGGGUAGGGGUGAAUCACAGCAUGAAUCUCAUAACCUGUAUAUUUCCAGGGGCAAAAACUUCCAAUCCCCCAGCCCCAGAGUAUGUCAGGCAUGGAGAGAGGGAGAAGGGUCUAAUGAAAGUGCAGCUGUUAUGGCGAGAACACUUCCCAUCAUAAGAUGCUCAGUGCAGGUCACAGUGCAAAAGAAGUAUUUAUUGUUGUAGUUCUCAGCUUCCUUCAACUUGCCCAGUGGUCUAAGGAAGCCUUCCAUCAUUCCUUCCCUGUGCUUGUGUGUGUCACAUAGGAUCUUGCUAACAAACUUAAAGUGACCUUUUAGGAGGAGGUCACAAGUGCUCAGUUUCCUCUUGAUCAGAAUCUCCUUGGGCUUCCCCACACUGCACCCCACUUGUGUGGGCCUUGUCCUUACUGAGCUGCUUUGGAGUUCCCUUCUCUUGACAGCAGACACAAGCUACAAGGUGCCUUAGGAACACUAAUGUGAGACUCCCCUCCAGCCCUGUUUUCUCUCCCCUUUUCAGGAUACCCAGUUUUCAGACUUGCCCUGGUCUCACUUUUGAAAGGAGGGGAUUUGCCUUGGGGCCUGGAGGCACAGGGUGAUCCACCUGCAGUGGGGACCAAAGAUGUCUGUAAAGGAGAUCUGGAAAUAGGCAGCUGCACACUGUCAGUAGGAAUCCUGGCUCCUUCCAGUUCACCACACUGCUAGCCAUUAGAUGUGGCAAUCUCCUCAAGGUCUAAAGCAACAGCUAGAACUCCAGCCAUUCUAGGAUGCAGGAUAGAGGAAAGGAAGAAGAACAUGUCACCUUCCUUUCAAGGAAAUAUUCUCCCCUGCCCUUCAUUGAGAGGAAGCCCAGGUGAUGGCUGUCAUGCCCCUGAGAGCCUUGCAUCAGGAGGUGGUGACCUUUGAGGACGUGGCUGUGUACUUCACCCAGACAGAAUGGGCUGGCCUUUCUCCUGCACAGAGGGCCCUGUACAGAAGUGUGAUGCUGGAGAUUUAUGGGAACUUGACAUCCCUGGGAUACCCAGUUCCAAAACCUGUGUUGGUCUCACUUCUGGAGAGAGGGAAUUUGCCUUGGGGCCUGGAGACACAGGGGACUGAAGACAUCUAUAAAGAUGCUGGGACCAACGUUGACAAUGAGUUAGCACCAACAUGGGGAAUUUCUGAAGAAAGAGACAUGAUGAUGUCACAUGGGCCAGAGAAGAAUGUUCUUAAGAGAAACAGCUUCCUAGAAAUAUGUGAACUGGAGAAACACCAGGAAGUCUUCACAGUGAAAAAUAUUAGAGGAAAGAUUCCAAGAAUCCACUAUGAUAAGAAACCUUUCAGAUGUGAGGAGUGUGGAAAAUGCUUCAGCUAUUUUUCUUACUAUGUUAGACACCAGAGCAUCCACACACUUGAAAAACCCUUUGAGUGUAAUGAGUGUGGAAAAGCCUUUAAUGGCAAUUUUUCCUUAAUUCGGCAUCAGAGAAUCCACACUGGAGAGAAACCCUAUCAGUGUGAAGAGUGUGGAAAAGCUUUUGUUGGUAAUUCACCACUACUGCAACAUCGGAAAAUCCACACUGGAGAGAAACCUUAUGAAUGUAAUGAAUGUGGCAAAAGCUUCAGAAGGACGUCUCAUCUUAGUCAGCAUCAGCGUAUUCACACAGGGGAAAAGCCUUAUUCUUGUAAAAUAUGUGGGCAUGCCUUCAAUUUUCAAACAAAACUAAUUCGGCACCAGCGAAUCCACAGCGAGGUGAAAACUUUUGACUGUGUAGAUUGUGGAAAAGGCUUUAGUGCUCAGGAUCAAUUAAAAAGGCAUCUAACAGUCCACACUCAGGGGACUUCCUACAUGUGUGGUGAGUGUGGAAAAGUAUUUACUAGCAAAAGAAAUCUGCUUCAGCAUCAAAGCAUCCAUACCAGACAGAAAACCUGUGAACAUGUCAAGUAUGAAAAAGCCUUUAGGACUUCUUCCCAGCUAGAUCUUGUCCAUGCUGGAGAGAAGCCUGUGCUAGAUGUUGGUUGUUUUCGCCUCCCAGAAUUUUUUACCCCCUUUUACUGGUAAUAGCACACUAAAUUUCCUUUUGGAUUCUGUCUUCCACUCAGGGGUAGAAUUUGUGACACAGACCCAGCUCAGCUGUAGAUUCCUUCCCUCAAGCUAGAGCUAUUGGUUCUGAUGUCAGUAGAUGGCCCAAGAUAGUCCAAUUAGAAUCCCAGACUUGGCAAGAGUUAAUAACCCUCUAAAUGUUGAGGGUGGCCCUGGCCACAAAAAUCAGACGGCAGAAACUUUUGACAGUCAAUUCAUACUUGUUAAGAAUCAAAGAUAAGUGAGCAAUUGGGCCUCCUACUGGGCGGGUUCAUAGUUGCUGCAUGGUGUUGGAGAGGCACAUGCAAACGUGGACUUUGGAAAGCCUGCCAAUUAUGAAUUCAAUGAUAUUGAAUAAUCCUCCCAGUACUUCAAUGAGCAAUAAUUUCCUUACCACCCUUAGCAUUUGGUGUCUGCUCUUGUAACAGAGAGAGAAGACAGUGGAGAAGUGAGCGAUUUUGUUCGUUGGGAGUGGUUGAUUAAUAUGGCCGGGGGACAGACAUGAAUCCUGGGCUACCACCUCCCAGGAAAAAGAAUGAGGUCCGUUUGCCAUCCUAGGGCACAUGAGCUAUUCUGGGCCAGACUGAGAUGCAAGGACCUGAUGCCCAAGGCAGGAGCCUCGAGUUUACCACCAUCAUCAACCUUGCUUUUCAGCAAAUAGAAAAACAUCUUGCUUUCGUAAAAGGAUAGCAAGAGCAUUGGGUGGGUGGCUGCAGACCCCAACCCUAAGUGAAUCUCUUUUUACCUUGUGCUUCAGAUUCUGUGCUGUGCAGUGGGUGGUCAGUGAUGUGGAAUCUGCUGCUUUCACCGAGCCCUGUCCUCAUGUCCAAGUGCAGCACCUCAGCUUUCCUUUGGGAGCAAUGUCUCACCUGCUUCUAGUCCAGACAGUUUCAGAGGGCUGACCCCAAUUUCUUCCCACCUGGAAGAAGAUUGGUAUAUGCUAUAUGUCUAGCCAAUCCCAUUUUCCAUUCUCUGAUGGCUGUGAUCAGUGCAAGGAUGAGAAUGUUAUCCAAGCCAGGCCAAAGGCAUUCCAAGCCAUAAGUUUUUAUGGAACCCUACUGAAGGAGAAACCAAUCCCAGUAGAAUGGACUUUGAGCUUGUGCCAUCCUGGAGUUGCUGGUUGUAGUGAGAGAGACUGCGUGUGAAUGGGACCACAAGGCACUCAGCAGGCUGACAGAGAGGGACCAGGUCACAUUAUGAACAUAUGAGCCCUUGGACCUGACACUUCUAAACACACUCUUCAACUUGUCUCUUAUAAGGAUUAAUUUCUAUCAUUUAAAAUAACAUUAAUACUUGAGUAAGUGUGUCUACUCCCCUGUAAUCAAAAAAGUCCUGACACAUUGGGAUCAUUGAUUCCUGAGACUCCCUCUGGCAUGAUGUCCUCACUGGGCGGGGCAUGUCUGGGGGAGAUGAAGACACUGGUAGGGGUCAGAUCUAAGGGAGCUGCCAGACAGCGCUGUCCCUGUUUUCUCCUAUGUCCCAGGAGAGGGAAAUCCCAGAGCAUGGAGAGAACUAGCAGGGAGGAAGGGUCAGAGGAUGGUUAAUUGGUCUGCUUGUAUUUUCCAUAUUUUAGGGUUUAUUUUGUUUGUGCUUUUCACCUGUUGAAAUCAUCCAGAACAUCUGCCAGAAACUUGACAGUCUCUUCACUUAUUGGAUUCUUACACUAAAAUAAUUCCUCAAAAUCUAUCAAUUUAUUUUACCUCUAACAACUGGCAAUGCUUUAAGGACAAAUAUUUUCAGACUUCCAAUAGAGUCAGUUGCACUUAUUGCCAGGCAACUUUUAUCAACCUCGUUGCUUUUUAUUUUUAGAAGCCUAUCUCUUUCUCUUCCCCAGAAAUUCUUUUGUUAAGGCAAGAAGGUAGCUAGAUAGGAGCAGAGAAAGGGGUGCAUGGGCCAUAUGGCAGGAAACCAUUGAUCUUGUGAAAGGGGUGGGGGUGGGGCGGGGAGUCCUUGGAACCUCCAGACUGGCAGGAAACCAUACAUUUUGGGAUGAUAAGUGUCCUGGAGGCAAAGGUGGUAAAAGGCAGGAAUCUUGUCCAAAUGUGGUCUUUUGUUCCUUAUGCUCUCAUUACUGUGAAAUUAGCCUUGCAGAUAAGAAGUACCCAUCAUGCACCAAAGCCACAACACUUCUGAUCGAGGCUAAAUAAGGACAGAAAUCCCUCCUCCCCCCAGGAAGUUGGCGCUGGAGUGAAAAACGGGGAAUAUAACCCUCAAACCCCUCCCUCCCCAAUGAAUAUUACGCCGCAUGUGAUGGGCUUGCCAAAAAAACUCAGGGCAGCUACUCACCUGAGCCUGCCCGCUCUCCCCCUGAGAGUGUAUUAGAGCUUAAAUCCUCGCUUUACUUUAUUGACCUCACUGUCCACUCCGAAUUCUUCCCGGGAUGAGACAAGACUCUCACCAGGAACGCUUUCAGGGUUACCUGAAUCUGUUGUCUCUAAAAUAGCAAUUCUUAAGACCCCAAAUAAAUUCUUUUCUUGUUGUCUCCUGCAUUAUGUUAUUUAUUUUUUGGUUGACACAUUUAGCACUAUACAUGGAGAGUCAUCUUUGUCUUUGCUUGGGCUUGUGGUUUAUUUCUAUUGCUAAAUUGUAUUCCAUUGCGUAUGUAGGAGAGGAAAAAUAAUUUUUCCUCUACCCUUGUUUGUUCUUGAUUGAGAUCGCCCCUGCAACAACCUCAUAAAAGGCAGUUUCUAAUUGGUUUAUAGAUAUUCUUCUGUUUGCAGUUUUAAAAAAAUCACCCUAAAAUAAUUCUAAUUUCAAACAGGCAUAUUUUGGGGUCCAUAUGUUCUUACCCUUGACAUGUAGGUGCCCCAAUAUGCUCAUCCAUUCAUCUACAGAAGAACAUACUAAUAUCUUUAAGCUUUUAGCCAUUAUGAGUAGAACUCGUGUAUAAUUUCAUGGUAGUUUUUGUUUGAACAGAGUUUUUUGAAGCAAUUAUCUAAAUACUAGACGUCUGCCCAGUCACUGAGCCGCUGCCAAGGACGUGCAGCAGCCUCCCCCUGGCGUCCUGACACUGUGUACCCCCACCCUCCUCCAGCAGCUGCCUUCCACAGGCCGUUUCCACCGAGGAAAAGGAAUCAUAUCGUAUGUCUGCUAUCUAGAACCUCCACACUUUCCAUCCCUUUGCUAAUGCAAGUAAGGGUGAUAACCUGCUUCCUGCUGGCACUGAGGAUUAUAUAUAUAUAUAUAUGUAUGAGAAUUCAACAGAGAC